UACACGAAGAAGAAGCGCCGGCCAAUCAUGUGGCUUCUUGACCAACACAAACAGUUGAAAACCUUUCCUCAAAUUAUUACAAGCUAACUCCGACGCCUUUAUUCACGCGAAAACUACGACAAAAAUGUCAGCGUCACGCCAAGUGACCUAACGUUAGAUUUGUGACUGAGAUACGAAUGAGCUGGACACAACGAUGGAGAUGGCUGUUAAAGGAAAGGCCAAAAGGAGGCAUUUGACUGCAGAGGAGUGUGAUGAUCUGGGACAACAUGCAGAGGGCGCUAAUGCCCUCACCCAGCCCCUCAUUGUCAACCAUGUGCAGGGCAAUCGCGACCCCAACCGGGGGCUUUACCCCAGGACACCCACCAAGCGACGGAAGUGUGCAUCUGUCCCAGGAAGUCCUGCCGGCCAACAGAGAGGCAUCAACAACUUCUUCUCUGUGACAGGAGUCAUCAGCUCCAGUCCGCACAAAUCCUCCCAGACCUGCUCUUCCACUUGCACAAAUAGACUCAAUGAAGAACUUUUUCCUAGUGAAGGGCCAAAGGAUGUGAAAUUAGACGAGGAGGAUGACGAUGUCAGCCUGCUAGCUGCUGUAUUGGCGGCAGAACCCGAAGCAGAGGAGGACGAGGUUGACGAUAUGAGCCUUUUAGCUGCUGAGAUGCUGUCACAGCCUGAAACAAAGAAGGAGGAAGUGGUGGAUCAUUUGGAAGGACUGACAGCAGAGAUGUUUGGGGACGAUGAUGAAUUUGACCAAUGUGAUAUUCUCAAUGAGGAAGAGGAGGUGGAGGCCCUCCCUGAUUCCUACUAUGGACUCCUGGGCAGCAGCAAGGCCCUGCUGGUGCCGCAGGGCUGCAUGGAUGACCUUCCAGAGGAGGUGCUGAGACAAAUACUGUGCCUUGUCCCUGCCCAGGACCUCUACCGCAGUGUUAGCCGUGUCUGCCAUCACUGGAGGAACAUCGUCGAGGACACCAAGUUUGUCCCCUACAAAAAACAGUACUUCCGCUAUAUGAUGAGGGAGAAGGUAACAAUGCUGGAGAUCCUCUCCAUCCUGGAGAACAGCAGCAUAAUGGAUCCAGCAUCAUCACAGCACAGCAUACGAUACCUUGUUGCUUUAAUGGCUCAGCAUAAGGUCGGAGAGCGGGUGAGGCCGGAUGACGUUUUGGAGUGUGUUAAGAAGCAUCGCCUUUUUCCUCAGGCUGAGGCCUCAAUCAGAUUAUGUAUUCCUGACAUUCAGAAGUACCAUAACCUUGGCAAUGAGGGUCCCAACCCGUACGCAGCCAUGGCUGUCAUACUGAUCCUAAGUGAGAAUGUUGGUGACGUGCAGUCCUUGGUGUCUCUGCUCACCGGCUGCAUGUCACACACCGGCAUCACAGAGUACCUCAGCCACAUGGCCAUGAUGUUGCUCGCUUUAAAGAGGAGUAACAUUAAGAUUAGUAACAGGUUGCAUUACAACAUCUACUACGUACUUAACCUCAUGGAGAGUGGCGCCUUUCCUGUCGACUCCAGUCAGAGUGGGCGGCCUCAGAUUCAGCUCACACGUGAACAGCAGCAUAUCCUCAGCCACAACAUCCAGGAAGACCAUGUGGUCAAGAUCGUGGCUUUUGCAGGUACAGGGAAGACGACCACGUUGGUGAAGUACGCCGAGCAGUGGCCGCACCUCCGUUUCCUGUAUGUGGCCUUCAACAAGUCAGUGGCCCUUGAGGCGCAGCGACGCUUCCCCCGCAAUGUGUCCUGCAAGACUAUCCACUCGAUGGCUUUCAGAGAAGUUGGUAUUAGAUACCAUCAACGUAAGAAGCUAAUCUCCAACCUGAAACCAUUCGCCAUCAGCUCUGUUCUGCCUGAAGGUCACGGUGGCUUUGCAAAGGCCAAAAUAGUGACCACAACUCUCAACACCUUCAUGGCUUCAACAGACACGACUAUCAACAUCACUCAUGUCCCCUGGUCCCGCAAGAGCAAGGACGGCCUCAGGGAGAUUAUAGACGACAGUGAAAGAGCGGUGUUUGUCCUCGACGCACAAAUGAUCUGGAACAAAAUGAAGGAUCUGAAUGUGACAAAAGAAGAAGGCUUCAACAUGGUCCAUGAUGGUUACCUGAAGUUAUGGCAGCUCCAAGAGCCGAAGCCUUGCUUGUCUCACCAAUACGACGUCCUUUUGAUCGACGAGGCCCAGGACUGCACUCCAGCCAUCAUGGAUAUACUACUGUCCCAGGACUGUGGGAAAAUCCUGGUUGGAGAUCCUCAUCAGCAGAUCUACACCUUCAGAGGAGCUGUCAAUGCCCUGAACCUUGUUGGUCACACACACAUCUACUACCUGACACAGAGCUUUCGGUUCGGUGCUGAGAUCGCCUACGUGGGCGCCACCAUCCUUAAAGUGUGCAAGGGAGUGGAGAAGAUUCUGGUGGGAGGAAAACAAAAAGGUGGUGUGUGUGACGAGACAGCAGAGAGGAUUAGAGCAGCUAUGAUGACGGGUGUCAGUCUUGGCCGAGGGAAGAUGGCCAUCUUGUCAAGAUGCAAUCUUGGCGUGUUCAGCGAAGCCGUCCGGCUCACAGAUUGCAACGCGAGCUGCCGGAUCCACUUCAUAGGAGGUGUUUAUGGUUACGGUCUGUCUAGGAUCCUGGACAUCUGGCAACUGAUGGAAGGAGGAGGAAAUCCAAGAUUCAUCAAAGAUCCAUUGAUUCGCUUCUUCGCCAGAAAAAAACACGAAAGUCCCUACUGGGCCUUUAAAAAGUACCUCACACAGACCGGGGACGCAGAGCUGGAGGGCAAACUCAGCAUCGUUGAAAAAUACGGAAAGCGCAUCCCUGAACUGGUGAAGCGCCUGGAAAGUUCGUUUGAGCAGGACCUCCACAGAGCGGACUUCAUAGUGGGAACAGUACACAAGGCCAAAGGUCUGGAGUUUGAUGCUGUGAUGAUCACCGAUGACUUUGCUAAGGUUCCAGCCUCAAAGCACAAUCUGCACUUCAAUCCAGAAUUCAGAUUUGGUGAUGUCUCUGACGAUGAGUGGAACCUGCUGUAUGUGGCGGUGACUCGUGCCAGAACGUCACUGAUCAUCACUAAGACCGUCCGCCGCAUUCUCACAGUGGCUGGGGAAUACUUUCUGAAGUCGGAGAUGCCCAGCACCUUGUUGAAAGACAGAAUCGCGCUCCCAUGCUGUGUCAAAGACUGUCCCAACUGCACUACACCCGGCUCAGCCUUCAUCAUGUGCAAACAAACGAUGAAAUGUUCUGACGGUGUAUCUGUGGGUGGCCCGUUGUGCGAACGAUGCGUAUGGACCCGCAUCGGUCCAACUGCUUUCCUCAUGACUGAUGAGGUACUCUCGAUGGCUCCAGUGCCUCGAAGACUGCAGCAGGUCCAUCACAUGAUGCUCCUAGGGCUUUUUUAAAGCAACACUACAACAGACUGUUUUUAUUUUUGAAAAUGCUUUCAACUUUCUUUGUAACAGACACAUUUUUCUGUGCUGUAAUGAAGGGAAUUUGUUGUGAUAUCCAGUCCAGAUGUCCUUAAGAAAGGCGACUAACAGCUCCCAGUGGCCAUCAGUAGGAGGUUUUACUGGAGAGCACGGUGUGAUUGUGUUUGAGUACAAACGUAUAAAAAGAAAACUGCUGGCAGACUUGUAAAA